AUGCAAGGUCUCUCAACAAGCCAAGACCAACAAAACUUGAAGCCUGGCGAUUGCCCUGUUCCUGGCGAAAGAGUAAAGGCCACGUUUGUCUCUUUGGCUAGAAAUCUGGAACUCUACGAUCUACUUCCUGCUAUCCGUAAUGUGGAGGAUCGGUUUAACCGCAAGUUUCACUACGACUGGAUUUUCUUAAACGACGAGCCAUUCUCGGAGGAAUUCAAGAGGGUGACUGGAUCCAUCGUUUCGGGCACAGCAAAGUACGGGCUUGUGCCAAAGGAACAUUGGGGCUAUCCGGCUUGGAUUGACCAGGAAAAGGCGAAGAAAAGUCGUGACGAUAUGGAAAAAGCGAGAAUCAUCUACGGUGGGUCAGAGUCCUACAGACACAUGUGCCGUUAUGAGUCGGGUUUUUUCUUCAGACACCCAUUGAUGGAGGAAUACGACUGGUACUGGAGAGUGGAGCCAGGAAUUAAGAUUCAUUGCGAUUUGGACUACGACGUGUUCAAAUUCAUGGAAGAAAAUGGAAAGGACUAUGGAUUCACCAUCACGAUCCACGAGUUUGAGAAAACCAUUCCAACAUUGUGGCAGCAUACCAAAGACUUCAUCAAAUUGCACCCUGAGCACGUGGCGCAGGAUAACUUGAUGAAAUUUGUGAGUAAUGAUAAUGGUGAGACGUACAACUUAUGUCAUUUCUGGUCCAAUUUCGAGGUGGCAUCGUUGAAGUUUUUGAGAUCGAAGGCUUAUAUGGACUAUUUCGAGUAUCUCGACAAGCAGGGGGGAUUCUUCUACGAGCGUUGGGGAGAUGCUCCCGUACAUUCGAUUGCGGUUUCGCUAUUCAUGCCCAAAAACAAGAUACAUUUCUUUGAGGAUGUGGGAUACACGCAUGCACCAUACACACAAUGUCCCUUGAACGACAAAUUCAGAGCUGACCACAAAUGUGACUGUAAGCCUGAAUCGGACUUUACCUUCCGGGGGUAUAGUUGUGGAAACCAGUACUACAACGCGAUGGGCAUCGAGAAACCUGUCGAGUGGGAACACUUUCAGUGA